CUGCACGGCUCUCUACGUUGCCCCUACGCCUAUCGUUCACCAUUUCGGAAGCAGCUCAGAGCUGACACCUCUGUCCUCCCAACCCACUCUCUCUCACAGCAUGUCGGCGCCUCAAUCCGUGUCGACCUUCGGCAAGAAGAAGACGGCCACUGCUGUCGCCCACGCCAAGGAGGGCAAGGGUCUCCUCCGUGUCAACGGCCAGCCCAUCUCCCUCGUUGAGCCUCAGAUCCUCCGCUGGAAGGUCUACGAGCCCAUCCUCGUUGUCGGCGAGGACAAGUUCUCGACCGUCGACAUCCGCGUCAAGGUCUCCGGUGGUGGACACACCUCGCAAACCUACGCCAUCCGUCAGGCGAUCGCCAAGGCCCUCGUCGCUUACUACGCCAAGUACUACGACGCCGCCUCUGCUCUUGAGCUCCGUCAGCUCUUCAUCGCCUACGACCGCACGCUCCUCAUCGCCGACCCUCGCCGCAUGGAGCCCAAGAAGUUCGGUGGUCAGGGUGCGCGUGCUCGUCGCCAGAAGUCGUACCGUUAAGCGGUUCGCUGCGUCAUUGUCUUUCGUCCUUUCUUGGUUGGAGAGGGCAAGACAUG